UGAGAAGGAGCAGGAGAGGGAGCAGAGCGCCAUUCAAACUCCACACCACUGCAAGGGAGCAGCAACGGCGCCUCCGCCACGCACAUCAGCACCAUGAGGCGUGAACGGGCGCGUGCACAAAGACAUCCCGCUUCACUGAGCGCUUAUCAGCGUCACACGCACGCGUAGUGGAUGACAAGCACGCCGCGUUCAACACGUUUUGUUUUUUUUUUAUUAUUAUUUUUUAAUAUUACUACUGUCUAAAACUUUGCUCAGACUUUACGUGCGAACUAUGUUUAGAUCACGGUGAACGUUUUUGAAGUUUUUGUUGGAUGCGCGUGAUUUCCCUUCAGUUUAAGCACUGAACUGCAAACUCUGGACAGCGACUGCGAUAUUUUCGCUGCAGUCUUUUUUUUUUUUUUUUUUUUUUUUUUGGGAGUUUUAGAUUAAACUGAAGUUGAAACAUGGAGCGCGUGUGGAUUUUGUUCGUGAUGUCAAUCGGCAUCUCGCUCGCGCACAUGUGUGACGGCUGGAGGGCUCGCGCAGGUGGCCGCGAGCGGAGAGACGCACCCGCCGUCUCCACACACGCCGUUUUCGAGCAGCUGCGAGAAAGGAGCUUGAACCGAGCUCCUGUAGGUCCGGGGCCCAUCAGGUACCACCCUCUCGACUCGGAGAAAAGUCCGCGAUCAGAAACCGACACCGGGCCGGUGGCUCAUGCUUCGUUACAGGAGGAAGACACCGGAGAAUCCCAGGAGAAAACCGGGAGAAUCCCAAGACAAGCUGGAAGGAACGUCGCUUCUCACAGAGCGCGGAGCAUCAGCAAAGCCAACACACCUGAGCGCGCGGACAGCAAACCUGCUCAUCCAAAGCGCCUGGUUGGGCCACAUGUGUGUGGGGGUCAGCAGUGCUGUUCAGGAUGGGCUGUUGCACCUGGAACAAACCGCUGCAUCAAACCGGAUUGCCAGCCCCUGUGUCAGAACCGCGGCUCAUGUAGUCGACCCCAUACCUGCGUGUGUCGCUCGGGUUAUCAGGGACCACGCUGUGAAGAGGUUGCGCCUGAGCAGGUUUACAUCCACACUGGCACAUCCAGAGUACUGAUACCCGUCCAGCCUGGAACGGACACCAAACAGCAUCAGUCUGCCCGCAGGAGACCCACUGAGAGACAAGCCAGUGAAAGCAAUCCCAAAACCCAAACACCGAAGCCGCCAACUGGCAGAGUGGCCCAUUCAUCUGGAACCCAGGUUAGACGUGGUUCUCCUGAGGUUCCGCUGCAGCAGCCUGGUGAAGGACAGUCUCAUGCCUCCAGGACUGUUAAGCGUUAUCCUUCAUCAACAGCACCCAUAACCUCAAACGCUCUGCCCAGUGCAAACGGACACAACCAUGGACACACACACACUCAGCACGUUGCCUACUCUAAUGGCCAGCCGCAUGCCUCCAGCAACCAAGUGACUCCAGCAGGAGCAAACCUUACAGCAAACGUGGACCGAAUCAAGAUCGUCUUUACGCCCAUGGUGUGUAGGAGGAUCUGCCAUGGGGGGCAAUGCUACAAUAGCUGUGAGCGUGGAGAUAAGACCACUGUGUACAGCGAGAACCAAGGCCCGCCGUCUAAGACCCAUGGCUUCAGACUCUUUUUCUGUCAGAUUCCGUGCUUGAAUGGAGGACGGUGUAUCGGGCAAAACGAAUGCUGGUGCCCAUCAAAUGCCACAGGAAAGUUCUGUCACCUUCCAGUUCAGAAUCCCAACAAACCCUCUCAAGGCCGACAAGCCAACAGCAACGGAGUGCAGGACGGCUCAUCUCACUCAGUCUACACCCUUCCCCUUUCCAACCAGCAAGCCUCCCUUUUACCCUCACUGGUGAAGGUACAUGUCCAGCACCCACCAGAAGCUCAGGUUCAGAUCCACCAGGUUGCAAGGGUCAAACCGGGCCAAACAGCUGAAACUGGUCACUCAGUGCAACAACGCUCUCAGCCUGGCAACAAUCAUAUCAAUACCAAUGGAAAUGGCAAUGGGCAGAACAGCGUGCACAGCACUGGUCAGAACCACGGGCAGAACCACCACAGGCCAAAUAUCAGGCAAAAUGGACAUGUAGGAAGGUGUUUCCAAGAAACAGUUGAUGGAAAGUGUGGGAAGCCUCUGCCAGGUUUUACCAAGCAGGAAGACUGCUGUGGCAGUGUGGGAGCUUCAUGGGGUUUGCACAAAUGCACCGAGUGUCCCAGCAAACCAGCUUAUGCGGUGAUUGCAAACGGCCUAGUGGAAUGUCCAAAAGGCUAUAAAAGAAUGAAUUCAACUCAUUGUCAAGAUAUCAACGAGUGUCUGAUUCCUGGGGUGUGCAAACAUGCUGAGUGUCUGAACACUAAGGGUAGCUACAGGUGCACAUGUAAGCCUGGAUACAUGCUGGAUGCUGCGCGCAGUCAGUGUGUCUCCGAUAAAGCAGUGUCUGUGGAGCAAGCCUCGUGCUACCGUUUCAUAUCACCAGGUUCAUGUAGUCAUCCACUGGCCCAGAAAAUCACCAAGCAAAUCUGCUGUUGCAGCCGUGUGGGAAAGGCCUGGGGCUCAGCCUGUGAGAGGUGCCCAUUGCCUGACACAGAUCACUUUAAGGAGAUCUGUCCAGCAGGCCAUGGCUACACCUAUUCUCGCUCAGACGUCCAGAUCACACUCCGUGAGCUGGAGGAAGACGAGCUCACAGAAGUCGACUCAUACCCCACAUACCCCGAGCCUCCUUUGACCCUACCAGAGACGUACCAACCACUUCAACCCGUUUACCCCGAGAGCCCGUAUCACGAGCCCUCAGUGCCAUCUUACCCUCAGACACCCGCUAGGCCUCAGCCGCCCAGGACUGGACACAUGCCUAUUCAGCCUCCUCCAGUCUCCUUACCUGAGGAUGGCAAAACUGCGAAUGAGCCAAUUAAUACACCUCCUUCGUACCCAGGUGUAGUGGAGGUCACCUCUAACUCUCCUACCUAUGUGAUGCCAGAUUUGGAGAAUCGUGACACAGCGCCGAUUAACGUUGCUACUCAGGUCACAGACAUCGACAAGUGUUCGUUGACCCCGACAAUCUGUGGUGCAGGCCAGUGUGUGUCAGUGCAGACGGGUUACACCUGCUACUGUGACCCAGGCUACACCCUCAAUGCUCUGCAGACCACCUGCAUUGAUGUAAAUGAAUGUGAGAAUGACCCGUGCAGAGGAAAGGGCCACUGUGUGAACACUUUUGGCUCCUACACCUGCCAGUGCUUCCCGGGCUUCAGCCUGCUCAUGACACAAAACAGAAAGUUGUGUCAAGACAUCAAUGAGUGUAACAUGCCUAACAAAUGUCCCAAUGGUCACUGUAUCAACACUGAGGGAUCCUUUGUAUGUGAAUGCAGAAGUGGCUUCACCAAGAACCAGAGAGGAGAGUGUGAAGAUGUGGAUGAGUGCAGGAGCCCCGGUGUCUGCCCCAGUGGUAAAUGUGUGAACACACACGGCUCAUUCAAGUGCCAAGCAUGUGGCCCUGGAUUCAGGCCUGACGCUGGGAGAUGUCUGGAUAUUAAUGAGUGUCAGAUGGCAGCUGUGUGUACUAACGGUCAGUGUGUGAACACAGAGGGCUCCUUCACUUGUACAUGCAACCAUGGAUACCAAACAACUCCUGACAAUAAAAGCUGCCAAGAUGUGGACGAGUGUCUGCUCCCAGACGUCUGCGCUCACGGCACAUGCUUUAAUGUUCCGGGUUCACACAGGUGCAGCUGUAACACAGGUUACCAAAGCAGCCCUGAUGGAAAAGCUUGUGUGGAUGUUGAUGAAUGCUCAGAGCCCAGCCUGUGUAUGCGAGGUAUGUGUGUUAACACUGCUGGCUCCUUCACCUGUACCCAGUGUGAGGUUGGAUACGCUCUCUCCGAGGACAGACAGAGGUGUGAAGAUAUAAAUGAGUGUCUCUCCUUGACGUGUCCGAAUGGAAUCUGUCUGAACUCAGAGGGCUCGUACUCGUGUAUAAAUUGCCCCACGGGUUUCACUGUUUCAGCAGAUGGAGAGCUGUGUGAAGAUAUUGAUGAGUGCAAGUCUCCUGACAUUUGCCCACUGGCUGCUUGUGCAAACUCUGAGGGUUCGUAUUCCUGCAUGGCCUGUGAGUCCGGCUACAGGGUCUCCUCUGACCGCACAUGUGAAGAUAUCGAUGAAUGUGAGGACAAGGCGGCAUGUCUGAAUGGACAGUGUACAAACACACCUGGCUCCUACCACUGUGACUGCGCUCCAGGCUAUGAGCUGCUAAACUCUGUGUGCAAAGAUAUUGACGAGUGUGAUGACGAGAUGAUCUGCGGCAAGCAUGGCUUCUGUGAAAACACCCCCGGCUCCUAUUAUUGCCAUUGUGACCAAGGAUAUAUCAGUACACCCGAGGGCACAGAUUGCGUUGAUGCAGAUGAAUGUGAAAUGAGUAGUGAGUUGUGUGGUGAGGCUCAUUGUGAGAAUGUAGAAGGAAGCUUCCUGUGCCUCUGCCCCACUGAUGAUGAGGAAUUUGACCCCAGUACCACACAGUGCAAAGCCCGCCACAUGAUCAUACCAGACUCCACAGGACAUGACCCCCCUGCUGUUCCCCAUGGUGCCUCAGAUGACGAACAGAGGAAGGAUUGCUACUACAACCUAAACGGUGCCAAUUUCUGUGAAAAUGUGCUCUCCAGAAAUGUCACCAAGCAGGAAUGCUGCUGCACUGUGGGAGCAGGCUGGGGAGACAACUGCAACAUUCACCCGUGCCCACAAAACGGACAAGAGGAAUAUUCUGAGCUGUGUCCUCAUGGUGCUGGCAUCCUCCCCAUCAUCACCUCAGUCCAAGGCAUCAGUCAGCUCCUGACUAGAGAUGCAGAUGAGUGUGAGAUGUUUGGCCCGGAAAUUUGUAAAAAUGGUUAUUGUGCAAACGUCUACGCCUCGUACAACUGCUACUGUCACAGCGGAUAUUACUAUGACAACUUCCGAAUGGAGUGUGUUGAUGAUGAUGAAUGUAAGGAGGACAAUCCGUGUGAAAAUGGAGAGUGUGUGAACACACCAGGCUCCUAUAACUGCUUCUGCACUCCUCCACUGAUCCUGGAUAGCACACAGCGUCGCUGCAUCUCUGCCAACAGCACAGAGGGUUCUUUCCUUGAUGAGGAUUACAUUCACACAGACAUCUGCUGGCAGGAACUUAAACCUGAUACCACAUGCAUUAAUCCCAUGCUUGGUAUUUCGACUACCUACACUGAGUGUUGCUGUCUCUAUGGUGUUGCCUGGGGGUCACAGUGUGCCUUCUGCCCUGAAAAAUCAUCCGAGGAUUUUGCCGUAUUGUGUAACCUGCAGAACAGAGGCUCAGACAGCCUACGGGAGCAACCAGGCUUUGAAUAUGGCCCUGACUCCCCACAUGAGGGACCCAAUGGUUCACCAUACUGGAGUAACUAUGGCAUUUUGGGAGGUGAGACCUUCUAUGGAGCAGAAGGACCUUUGAGUGGUUCCAUCUUUACUGAUCGCUCAAAUGACUACGGCUCUAGAGAGGAAGGACGAGUACAUGUGCCCAGAGUCAGAGAGCACCAGCCACCCCGUCAAAUUACCCCUUUCGGAGAUCAUAGCGCAGGAUUUGAGGGUCUGCAGGCAGAAGAAUGCGGCAUCUUGAAUGGCUGUGAAAAUGGCCGAUGUGUCCGUGUGCGAGAGGGCUACACUUGUGAUUGCUUCGAUGGCUAUGAACUAAACUUAAGCAAGAUGGCGUGUAUUGAUAUAAAUGAAUGUGAGGAUAUCAGUGACAAAGUGGAGCUGUGUAAGAACGGAGUGUGUUCCAAUACAGAGGGAUCAUACAAAUGCACUUGUCUGCCAGGAUUUUUGGCUUCUUCUAAACCCCACGAGUGUAUCCCAGAAGACAAUGCCUCUGUUACCCAAACUAUGGGAAACUGAUACUCUCUCUCUCUCUCUCUCUCUCUUCCCUCCAUCACUUCUCUAAAGGACUGACACUAAACCUGCAUCAGUGAAGCCGAGCCAGCUGAGCUCCAAACAUGAACACACACAGUUACACACAAAGCCCAUUCAGUCUUGUACAUAAAAAGUGAUUUUUAAAGAAAACAAGUUCAAGUUCGAGCAGGACGUGUGAAGUGACUCGCUUUUUGAUUGGUUCUCAUGCACAAAGUGAUUUGCACAGCAUUCUGAAUGUUACUCAAAGGGUGAGGAAAUGUACUUUAUUUUGAAUUUAUACACCUAAUUUGUUAUUGGAGGUCAUUCCAGCUCAGGAUUGUGGGUGAAGGCUUCAUUGACGGGGUUUGGGAUUUUUUGUACAGAUCUAGUACUAUGUAUUUAAUUUGGUUUGUUAUAUAUUCUAAUAAACUCAUUCAGUACACACAAUAUUUUGUUUGACCAAAAAUAGAUACAAAAAAAAGUACAAAAAAAUCUGAUUAACCCUGUAGAUUUAUAGAUUUCUGUACAAAUGUUUUUGUAGCACUAUCUUUUAUGUAUGGAAAAAAAAAAAGGUUUACACUGUAUCAGAUAAAGUGUAUGUAUCCUGCCCUGUGGAGCAGACUAUGAAAUGUUAUUUUAUGGAAUGACUGCACUUUUUAACUAACGUUAUGUGGUGCCUUCAAUCCAGUGAACACCGAGUUCAGCAACACGUUAAUGUGUGUCACAUUUGCUUGAUAAUUACAUAGUCUACUUUGAACUGAAAUACUUGCAUCCAUUAUUGCUGGCUAGACAUUUCAACAGAUUUAAAGCUGCCUUAAAGACAACGCAAACCACUUUUAAACAAAAUAUUCUGUCCUGCUGUUAAGCAAUAUGACAUGUAUACUAUAACACAUUAAACAUUUUACUACUUGGAUUAUAGCAGAGGGUAUGCCCAAGCCUGAAUAUUACAGAAAAACAGAUUAUUAUAGAAAAAGAAAAUGUAAUAAGUAGGGUGUUAAGCCACAACCAGCCACCAGAACAGCUUCAAUGAACCACAUGGCACAGAUUCUACAUGAACUGUGAUAGGUGAACAUUUUUCCGAAAGAUAUUUUUUUAUUGGUGUUGGGACAGAGCACUGUUUAACAUCAGGCUCUGAUAAGGAUAGAAAUGUUUCAGUGUAGAAUAAAGGUGAUCCAUCAGAAUCAUGCUGUAUUGAUGUGCAGUGACUCUUCACACUGACUAACUAAAUAGCUGGAUCCAAACCAUGCUCGCAAAAACUAUCACACACAGCAUAAUUGUUUGUUUUGGGGUUUUUUUUGCUUAAAUUUGGCUAUAUGUACCAACAUCACUUGAUAGGAAUCAUUUCUCCAAAAAGGAAGAGGCAUGAUAUGUGUGUCUGUACUCACUACCAUUCUCAGUGGACACUGUGCAACCAGUGCUCAGUUUAUGCAUUGAAAUGAAGUUUCCAUCAUCGUUAAUUUUUGGUAUUUUGGAAGGCAAUUUUAAACCUAUGAAGAUGGUUAUGAGUAGGCUGUAGGAAUGAGCCCUUUUUUUGGUGGUCCACCCUGUUUUGUUCAUUCCAUUUGAUUACCUCUGACUGUAGUUGUUUCCGGACAAUAAAGUCUGAAAAUAA